AUGACCCGCACCUUCUCCACCGGCUUGGGCCGGCUCUUCAGUGUCUCCACUCCCGUGCCUCCCAGACGCACUCAGGAGCCGGUUCCCUUCGACGAGGAGCUGGUGCAUGUAUCCGGGCCGAGCCCGCUGCAGAACCUCCUGGACGUGAACAAGCAGUGGGCCGAGCAAAUCUCCACCGAGAGCCCUGACUUUUUCCCGCAGCUGGAAAAGAGCCAGCACCCCACUAUUUUGUGGAUUGGUUGCAGCGACUCCCGAGUGCCCCCGACCGAGAUUGUCCAACUUGGAUGUGGUGACAUUUUCGUCCACCGCAACAUCGCCAACGUCGUCAGCCACACCGACAUCAACUUCCUCUCGGUGCUGCAGUACGCCGUCCAGGUUCUCAAGGUCAAACAGAUCAUCGUCUGCGGUCACUAUGGAUGCGGUGGCGUCAAAGGCGCCAUGACCGCCUCGGAGCAUGGCCUGAUUGACCACUGGCUUACCCACAUCCGAGACGUUUACGAGCACAACCAAACGGAGGUCUCGGAGCUCUUCAAGCAGGACCCCAAGGAGGCCUGGAAGCGCCUCGUUGAGCUCAAUGCCGUCCGAAGUGCCCGCAACGUCGCCAACUCGGCCAUCGUCCAAAAUGCCUGGCGCGGAGGCCAGGAGCUCGAGGUCAUCUCCCUUGUCUACAACCUCGAGAACGGUCUACUCAGGUAA